GAGGGCUACAGUAUCUGUUUAUCACAAUGCCAUGAAUUCAAAUUAAAUAUACAAACAAUAGGCUUGCUCCGCGGCUUGAGAUUCUGAAUUGGAGAAUGGUGCUUUAUUCACAAAAUCCUCAUAGCCCACAGUGACUGUGCACUGAUCCCAGCAAUGGAAUCCGCCACUGCAGCCCCACAGUGCACCAUGUACUGAUUGCAAAGCUACGAAAUUGCAUGUGAAUAGCCUCCCCUACCCCAGCUCCACUAUUUCUGCGUCACCAGCUGAUUGGGACAUCUCACAUCUCGCUGCCUCCGCCAGGACAUUAAACUGUGAACAACUGUGGUCAGGGAAUGAUCUCUGGGUACUUCAAACGCUACCGCCUUCCAGUCUGAAAACGACCCACUCAUCCAGACACACACUACCGGCAGUUUACCGAUCUCCGAUGAAAAAGCCUAAUCACCUACUCCUGAGGGUCAAUACGAUUGCUGACCAUUACCAUUGCAGUACCAUUACCACUGGUGAAUUUACCACCGUCAAAUGCCAGGAGGGACAUAAUAAUCAGAAAGUCUCUAGUCGCAGCCGUGGAAAUAAAAUGUGAUCUCAGUCGGUGUGUGGCGCAUGCUCAGAAUGCGAAGGAGACAGACAAACUGAGCAAAGUCACAGACUGACGAAGGGAGCAAUGAUCCAUUUUGAUACAGAGCGGGAUGCAGAGAGUUUGAUAUUGACCCUGAUGCCGGAACUGUAGCCAGUUAGAAGAUGAAGUCUUGUUCCUCCAAAUUGUUUUGAGCUGUGACAGUGUUUUUUUUUCUGAAGGCACAAUGCAGACUAAAAUUAUCUGUUGAAAUGUUGUCCUUCACCCCACUGACGUGCUUUGUCAACUUUUAAAAGUGUAGACACUUUUGUACACUUUUUGUGCAUGGGAAUCUCAAACACAACAGCAGGUUGGUUCCGCUGUAUCUGCCUGUUCACCAGCGUUUGAAUGCCAGGGAUCCUUGAAUGUAGAGGCCGAGAUGCUGGAGAAGACAGCGCUCCACUCGCUACAAGGAGAGACCGAACAGGUUUUCAUGUCCGUGAACUGAUUGGAUACAUUGCCAUGACGUUAAUAGCAUUGUGACGUCAUUCACUGGCUCUCAUUUUGGACGGGAUUCAGUCAGCCAUCGCAGAUACACCAACAGCUUCGCACUGGGAAGCGACCGUUCACCUGCUCCGUGUGUGUGAAGAGACUCAUUCAGUUAACCCACCUUGUGAUGCUCCGGUUAACAACAACAAGGAAUUUAUCUGUGGGAAUCCUGAACACUGUUUUGCUGUCUCUGUCCAUGUAUUUAAGAAGUGGAGUGAGGGAUUCACUCAAUCAUCCUUCCUGCUCAGACUGUGGGGAGGGAUUCCCUCAAUCAUCUGACCGACUGGCACCCCUGUCAUUUUAUACAUGGGAGAGGCUGCUCACCUUUUCAGACUGUGGGGAUUCAAUGUCAUCUCAUGAAGGUACAUCAGCAAGUUCACACUGGGACAAGACCAUUCACCUGUUCUGCGGGUAAGAAGGGAUUCAGUCAGUCAUCCCACCUGUAGACACACCAGUCAGAUCACACUGGGCAGACGCUGGUUAUCUGCUGAAAUUGUGGGGAAGGAUUCACUCGGUCAUCUGACCUAAUGACACACCAGCGAGUUCACACUGGGGAGCGGCCGUUCACCUGCUCAGACUGUGGGAAGGGAUUCAUUUCCUCAUCUCAACUGAAGGGACAUCAACGAAUUCACACUGGGGAGAGGCCGUUCACCUGCUCAGGCUGUGGGAAGGGAUUCAUUUGGUCAUCCCAACUGAAGGUACAUCAGAGAGUUCACACUGGAGAGAGGCCGUUCACCUGCUCAGUUUGUGAUAAGGGAUUCAUUUUGUCAUCUCACCUACUGAGACACCAGUCAGUUCACACUGGAGUGUGGCCAUUCACCUGCUCGGUCUGUGGGAAAGGAUUCACUUCGUCAUGUCACCUACAGAAACACCAGUCAGUUCAUUCUGGAGAGAGGCCAUUUGCCUGCUCAGACUGUGGGAAGAGAUUCACUCGGUCAUCUGAACUGAAGGUACAUCAGCGAGUUCACACCCGGGAGAGGCCGUUUGCCUGCUCAGACUGUGGGAAGGGAUUCACUUUGGCAUCUCAGCUACUGAGACACCAGUCAGUUCACACUGGGGAGUGGCCAUUCAUCUGCUCAGUCUGUGGGAAGGGAUUCAUUGAAUCAUCCUCCCUACAGGGACACCAGUCAGUUCACACUGGGAAGUGGCGGUUCAGCUGCUCAGACUGUGGGAAGGGAUUCAAUCGGUUAUCUCACCUACUGAGACACCAGUCUGUUCACAGUGGGGAGAGGCCGUUCACCUGCUCAGAGUGUGGGAAAGGAUUCAGUCAGUAUUCCAACCUACAAGCACACUGGUCUGUUCACACUGGAGAGCGGGCGUUCACCUGCUCAGACUGUGGGAAAGGAUUCACUUCGUCAUCUAAACUGAAGGUACAUCAGCGAGUUCACACAGGGGAGAGGCCAUUCACCUGCUCAAACUGCGGGAAGGGAUUCACACAGUUAGCUAGCCUACAAGUACACCAGUCAGUUCACACUGGAGAGAGGCCGUUCACCUGCUCAGAGUGUGGGAAGGGAUUCACUCUGUUAUCUCAACUGAAGGUACAUCAGCGAGUUCACACCGGAGAGUGGCCAUUCACCUGCUCAGACUGUGGGAAAGGAUUCCCUCAGUCAUGUCAACUGAAGGUACAUCAGAGAAUUCACACUGGAGUGAGGCCAUUCACCUGUUCAGACUGUGGGAAGGGAUUCACUUUGUCAUCUCAACUAAAGGUACAUCUGAGAGUUCACACCGGAGAGAGGCCGUACAUCUGUUCAGACUGUGGAAAGGGAUUUACUGAAUCAUCUCAACUUAAGGUACAUCAGAGAGUUCACACUGGAGAGAGGCCAUUCACUUGCUCAGACUGUGGGAAGGGAUUCUCUCUGUCAUCUCGUCUACUGACACACCAGUCAGUUCACACCGGGGAGAGGCCGUUCACCUGCUCAGUGUGUGGGAAGGGAUUCACUCGGUCCACCGACCUACAGAGACACCAGCGAGUUCACACCGGGUAGAGGCUGAUCACCUGCUGUGAUUGUGGGAACCGAAUCACUGAGUCACCUAAACUUGUGUAACUCUUGCUUCGGCUAGCAGCUUGAUAUAGAGGGUGAUAGCCCAACAGGCUGGCCAAACUUGUGAAAUCUCGUUUGGGUGGAUGCUGUGUGAUGUGUCCCCUGUGACAAAUCAGUACCCUGAAAUUAGAAACAGUACACAAUAUGUGAUUAAACGAUUGAGCUUUAGAAUGUAUACUUUGACUAUAGGGUUAGUUGAGAAAAUAAAGAAAGAUAUAGGGCCCACUCUCUCCAUUCACGUCUUCGCAUCUCUCCCAAGAAAAAGAGCACAAAAAUCUCUCUUCCAGACUCACAAGAAAGAACAUUUCUGUCAUUGCAUAGCCCUGCACUCCAAAACCCUCUUAUCUCUCGUCGUAACCUAAACAUUGCUGCUACAGAGAAACCAUUACCUCAGCAGUGAAACAUCGCAGAUAGGCCAUUACAUUAGCAGUGAAACCUUACAGCAUGUUACACAUAUGACAUUCUGCCAGGUUCACACUGGGAGAAAGUUUCAGUAAGCUGCAUGCUGGAUAUUUGUCCAUCACCGUUGCUGAAUGCAAUUAUUGCUGCUUCUCACCACACCCAGUUCUGCACCCUGGUCACUGGGCAUGGGAGGAGUUUCUUCUGCUGCACAUUCACCUUUAAUGGUACUGGAGUUUGAUAGUCUGCAGAAGUGACAAAUAAAUCAAUUCUAUUUUGAACUUUGUCUUUGGUACUUACUGAGUUCAUAACACAACUAGUGUACAGUAGAGAGUCAGCUCAGGCCAGCUGGACCCUGCCAGUGAUUCUGUUUCGCGACAGGCCAUUUGAAUCCUCCCCUUUUUUUCACUUCCCGCUCCCCCUGUGGGAUGGGUUUCAGUCACCACUCUGUGGGUGAAGAGGUUUCCCUCAAAUUUUCCGUAAACUGAAGAAGUCGAGCUGACAGCAGGUCUGUCUGAGAUGUUCUUUGACCCUCAAAUCUCUGGGCUGAGGAAGAAUGACAUUGGGAGUUAAUCCCCUUAUUCAGGGAUCAUUUCUAAAGGGUUGUUAGAAAACUCCACUGUCCUCUAAACACUGAAAGCAGAAUGGGAAACCAUUACUUGGAUGUUCAACGGAGCAGGGUCAGAUACCAUAGGCGGGUCAGCACAGGGCAGAGUUUGCGGCUCUUGUCGUUUGGGUAAUAAAGUAUGAAAACUAGAAGGGAAUCAGCAGCAGGGCGUGUCAACGAAUGACAGACUAGCAACAUUUGGAUGAUAAUUGGCAGAGAAAAUAAUUUGCUUGUCUGAUGACACAAACAAUGCCUGUAGUGAGGUGCCCCAUUGGUUGAGGCACAUGUGUGUGUUGAGAAUGGUUAUAUCCAUUGAGGGAGUUGUUCCUGCUUGUUUAUAUUGUCAUGUUAUAUCUGGAUGUUUAUUUUAGAUUAUCCUAUUUGCAAUGAUGUAUUGAUUAUCAUAUAAAUUGUGAAAUUCUGUACCUUACUGCGUCAGGCUUGAAUUUAUGGUGCCUUAAUAAAGUUACUGCAGUCAUUCAUGAGUUUGUAAUUUGAAUCAAGAUUUUGGUGAAUGAUAUUUGCCACUUGAUUGUACCUGCAUAAGUAAUCAGAUUGAGUUAAACUGCUGCAGGAUCCCAGAAUGUGUUGGAUUGUGUCUGGUUUCUCUUUGCAUUUUCUGCAUGUCUUGCCUUGUUUGUUUGUAUUGUAUGUAUUUUUUUUUUCUUUUUGUUGAUCAUCUUGUCCUGUAUUUCUGCAAGGAACCCCUCUUUUUCUAGGAAAAGGUCUCCAAAUCUCAGUCAGGUGCUCGAUGCUUCCUUGUCAACAUCUGGUCUGCUCAGAUCGUUGGGAUGCCUCCCAUGGAGGGUCAUACUCAUUGCAUUGGUUAAUAUUUUCUUCCCUAUAAAUGAUUUAUUUUUCUGAGUUAGCCUCUCAUUUAAGUUUUCUGGUCUGUAUUUCUUAUCACAAUUGCAUUUACACACAUGGAGUGUUGAAUAAUAUUUAUUUUUUAUAAAAAAUAUAUACUUAGAAGUUGUAUCUUA